AUGACAACUAUAAAAGAUAAAAUUAUAUUUUUAAAUGGAAAAAUAAAAUAUCAUAUGUCCAAGAAACAAGAAGAUGAAGCAUUAAAGAUUAUGUCGGAUAUUAUUAAUCGUUUAUCAAAUAAUCAACAUCAACAAGAUGUCGAACUGAAAGAAUUUUAUAUGUUUGCUUUGAUUGAUCGAAUCAAUUUAAAUUUUAAAAAUGAAAAAUAUUCCCAGGUGAUUCUCGCUCGGUCGGAUUCCGUCGGAUUCUAAUAAUUGCGUCCGUAUCUUGUCGGAUUUUUGUCGGAAUCCCAUGAGUCGGAUUCCGACUGUCGGAUCUGAUCGGACACGUGCAAAAUCCGAUAGGAUUCUGUCGGAUUUUGUCAGUUUUUAUCGGAUUCCGACGAAAUCCGGACCGGAAUCCUGUGCAAGGAUUGCUUGUCUUGGGUUAUGGUAAAUACAAUGAUAUUUAUUAGUUUGAUCGAAUGGAAUUUAUGAUUCGACAAACUAUUUUUAAUUAUUUGACAUUAUUUGUUUUAUCUUAUAGAUGUUGUAUCAGAUGUUGAAUCAAUGAAAUUGGUCAAUUUUGAUAUAUACAAUAAUAAAGAAAUUUUUUUAAUUUAUCAGUAAGAAAACUAUAUUUUAUUAUUGAUCUCAAUUAUAAUUUUUAGUGAGUCGAAGACUGCCAUAUAUAAUAAAAAUAUGUUAAAUGAUUUUGAACAAUUAAAGCUACGAUGUAAGUAUAUAAUAUGUAAAUUUUCAAAACUAAUAGAACUAUUCAAGUGUUUUCUUUUUGUCUUUCUAGAUGAUGAUGAAAUUGAACACCUAAAAGAAAAUAUAAACUUUUAUAAUGCUAAAACAGUGUUCGACAGGUAUAUUCUCAAUAAAUAUGUUGAAAUUUUUUUUUUAUUAUAAUUUUAGAAAUAACAAAGAACAAAAACGGAAGAAACGAAAAGGUGGUUGAUUAUUCAUUACACAAAUAUUCGAACUUGAUCAAGGUUUUUUUUUUGUUAUAAUAACAAAUUUAGUUUUAAAAAUUUUUUUUUUCUUUAUUUUGUUAUUGCUCAAAAUAAAGAUUUUUUUUUUCUGUUAAUUUGUAAGGAUAAUUUUUUUGUUUAAUAAAGAAAGAUGUGAUUCUUGAUUAAAGUAUUUUUUUUUGAUUAUUAAUAAAUGAAUGUGUAAUCAAAUUGAAAAUUUCAUAUGAUGAUGGAUGAAAGACAAGAUAAAGAAAAGCUGUCUUAUUAUUAUGAAAAAGAUUUCUACAUGAUUUGUAUGUCUUCAUUUUUAAGUUGACAUUUUCAACUAGAUUUAAUAUAUCAAAGUUCAAAUGAUUAUUUAAAUAACAUACUUGAAGACGAAGUUUAAAGAAAUAUUUAACACGAAUAAAGGUACUUCAAUUUCAAUUUCAAU